ACACUGUGUAUUUUAGUUUUUGCUUUUUUUUUUACUUUCGUAUGUAAACAAAAAUAAUAGUUGUUCUUAUUUCUGUCGAAUGAUUUGGUUUAUUUCAGGAGUGGAUGGAAAAUAAAUCGCAGAAUACAGCAUGGAACUACACUACCCAAGCAUUUUUCUGCCCCUUGGCGUCAAAUGUUGGUCAGGGCCGUUAGAAAGUAAUUAGUCCAUCUUACUCAUUAAUUCCUCCGCCUACAGUCAAUGAUGUAAGCACUGCAACUCUCUUCCCUUUCAUUUCCGCCACUUACCCACCGUGGAGUCUUAUAAACAUGCAUUGAAACACUUUUUUUCUCCGUGAAACCUCCGUGAAGCAUUUCCCCUCUUUUUUUUCUCUCUUCUAUCUUCUGUACUUCCUCCUCAUCGUUACCUAUUUUUUUUUUUCGCGUAUUACACAUCAACCUGGUUUUUGCAUUAAUAAGGGCAUGCUCCUAUAUGAGCGUGAUUCUGAGUUAUACACAUUGCAAAUGAUGAUGAUGAUGAUGAUGAUGAUGAUGACGACGACGACGACGACGACGACGACGUUGACGAUGACGAUGGUGAUGGUGAUGAUGAAUAAUUUGUUUUGAGGAGUUUUUAUGAAGGGAAACCGUGGAUUGUACUGAUUGAUGUCAGCCAGUGACGUCACAGCCUCACCACCCAGACAUGUCUGCCAUCAAGUUGAAAGCAAGACGUUGGGAGUGGAUUGUUUUUCAGUUCCAUGCUUCAUCAUUGAUAAGACUGGUGAUGUGGGAUGUCUUUAUUCACCUGCAUUUCUUCUUCGUCUUCUUCUUCGACAACUGCAAGAAUAUUUCUCUGGAAAAGAAAUAUCACGAAGUUAUUAUUUAAAGAUGAAGCUGGAAAAUUGUUGCUACAUACGACACCAGAAGACGGCCAACGAACCUUAAGACUAAGCAGUUCUUUGCUCCUCGUUAAUGUUUGUGUUUACCGAGUAACGCUUUGUCUACAGGACAUCGACUACUUGUGAAGUUGGACAACCAGCCAGCACAUGACAAACAUAACAAAUUAUACUGCUUUAAGCGGCACUGGCAUUCCGGAGGGAGCCAGAAUAGUGUUUGCGACGAUCGCCGUCCUCUUGCUGGUCUGCGGCUCGUUGGGCAACGGCAUGCUGCUGGUCGUGCUGUGCGUCAACCGCAGCACGUGGAAGGAGAACAACGUCUUCGUCGGCCACCUGGCUUUUUGCAGCCUGCCUGUCCUCUUCUCCUCCCUCCCUUUCGUCAUCAUAGACCUCAUCGCAGACAGAAGCCCGGAGGACAGCAGUUCGCACUGCCAACCCAUCGUCUCCUUAUUCAACGUCGGAUACAUGACUUGGGUUUACACUCUCACGGCCAUAGCAUUUAGCCGUUACAUCACAGUCUGUCACAACCACAUUUUUCAUGCUUACUUCUCCUUCAAGACUCUCUUCUCGGCAUGCGCCGGACUAUGGCUGCUUGCUUUGGUGAUCUCGGUCCCGACCUAUUCGUGCAGGUCAGACUCAGUUCACAGCUCCUCCGACCAUCACUGUGGGGUGAGGACAAUGUCCAAUGUCCUGCCCUACAGCAUUGCUAUAUUCUGCGUCAAUCUCAUCGCUUCCACCUUCAUCAUUGCUAGCUUCUAUGCCGCCAUAUUUUACCGCAUGCAGAAAAGCUGCAAAAGAUGCAUGUCCUACAAAAGAGUCCGUAGCCACUCGGUUUACACCCACUACCCACUCCAAGGUAGCGUGUGCAACUUUCCAUCUACCUGUGAACAGGUCCACUGCACAGAAACAUCUGUAACAAGGGCAGUUGAUCAACCUUCCUCCCCCACCAAGUACUCACGUGGAUCACGUGGCUCUUUGAGCGACACCGUCUGCAACCUCUCCACCCAAAGACAGACGGCGCUGGGGGGUCACGCGCUCCGUCGUCUCAGCAGCAGCCUACCCGAGCUGGUGAGCAUCUCACCGUCCACGAAGGUGGUGUCGAGUUUCACUCGGGUACUUCAGGAACUGGUGUGGACCAGUCGUGAGAAGACUUUUAUGAGAAAACUUCUGAUCGUCAGCGUCACUAACUUCGUCGUCUUCAUGCCUUAUGUCUUUGCCGUCGCCAUUGACUUCUUCACUCCCCUUGUGUGCGAAAUCCUCGUGUCUGCACACAUGUUAUUGUUAGUUAACCCUUCCCUCAGCUGGCUAAUUUACGGGAUAAUGAGUAGCAACAUUUACAAUGCAUGUAAAGAGUUAUUUAGAAAGUUAUUCUUCAGAAGAAAGCGCAUUUGUUAAUCACAAAUCAACAGAUGGUCGCACAACAACAAUAAAAAGCUGAAUUGUGAUCCUUAACUGUUCUGGUCAGAUAGUCCUCUCGAACACUUUCUCUAGCUGGUCUACAGCACCAUCAUUAAGAACAAACGUUUUCACAUGAUGCAACAUCUCGCUGUGACUGGAUACAGUUUCAAUAUAUGGAAAAUACCGGGGUCGGAUAUGGAGUAACUGCAUUUGUGAGCGCUUUAUUUUACCACCUGUAAGAAAAAAGAGCUUUUUCUCCGUCUAUGAAUUCUCUAUUAUGACAAGUCUGAGAACGAUUCUGCUGUAACAAAGAAAGCACAUCUUGGAACUGUUGAUCAGGUGGACAAUACUGUACACGUCAUCAUACGAACGUUAAAAACGCUUCACCAACGUCCUCCUCUUUCUCCCUCUUGUUUGCCUGAAUUAUUUAUCUUUCUACUUUUUAUAACUACUUUUCUGUAUGUAUGCAGCAAUAUGAUGUACUUUAAUCACCUCUUUGUAAUUUACCAACUUUUUCCCAGGGGCCUUAAUUAUAAAGCGAGAGUAAGUAGAUUGUCUGGGGCAACUCAAGGAAAAGCUUCUUGUUUCGCAAGUUAUAAAGCGGUGUUCAGACCUGGAUUGUAGUAAUAAAACUCUGGCAAAGAUGUAAAAACAUAACAAAACAUGAAGCAGUGGGGUCUCGACGCUGCUUUAAAACUUCCAAAACGAGAAACCUUUUCUUGAGUUUCUCAUUUUACCCCGGAGAAACGACUGACUCUCACUUCAUGACUGCGGCCCCAGAAGCUGUCCCAACGUAUUAGUCCAUUUUUUCACAACGGAUGUCGCUGGUAAAUAAUGUUUUUUAAAGUAUAAAAAAAGUAAAACGAAAAUAAA